AUGGAUCAGUCGAACGCCCGAGUUGCAUACAUCCGGAUAGAUAACCUACCCCCCGGCAAAACCUGGAGGCAGGUCAAGUACUUGGUCGGGGGCAUGGUUCAUCAUACCAACAUUUUGCAGGUGAAAAUGCUUCCACCGGUGCAAUCCAUAGUGCCACCUUUCAUGCCGUUCCAGAGCUGCAUAGUGUCGCUCAAAAGGUCCGACAGCCAAUUGAACAGGCUGCUGAUCGACCUCAAUGGGUACACCUGGGACUAUUACCGGCUCGUAGCAUACGCAGUUCCGCCGCUCCACACUCCCAACGGUGGCGCCAUGGGCGAGCAGGCUCCUCCCAUGAUGAUGCCGUACGCACCGAUGCCCACCAUGUAUUUCCCCUCGGUCCAUCAAAGCUCGUUUUCUCGACAGUUGCAACAGUCCGGUAAGAAGAUGAAGCAAGUGUUCAGCGAGGAAAGCUUCCGCAAGCAAAUGACCGCGCGCGGCAUGUGGCAGUUGCUUUUGGAAGGGUUCCCACCGUGUCUGCAUUGGGAUGUGAGUUCGAAUGACACAUCCAGGAGGGCGUCGCAGUUGGAGCCCACAAUCACUAUACGCACCUCGCAUCCUGAAAAAUACGGCAAGUUGAAAUGGACGGUGUUGAAAGAUUUUAUAAAAUUGAAAUGCCAUAAACUGCUAGAGAUGGAAAGUACAGGUGCCACCGCCAACACCAGAGAGUUUUACGUGGGGGUGUACGAGGCGCAAGAGGUCAACGUGGAUGUGGAUUUGAAAGUUGACGAAAGUCGACCCAACCCGGCUCAAGAUUCAAACCAAGUGCACAGUGAAUCUCAGAGUGGGACGAAUCCACCACAUGAUACCCCACAAGAAGCUGAAGAAGCCAAGCAUAAUGAUCAGGAUCAUUACCAAAAUCAAAAUCGACUACAAAAUCAAAACUACGCAGAGGACCCCGAAAAAGACAAUGCUCAGUCGAGGGCGGGGACUCAAAAUCGCACAGCCUCCGGUAAGGUGUUGGAACAAGAAGAAGACAAAGCAAAUGGGGAGAAAAAGAAUACAGAAGAGCCGAAUGGAGGCAUCCCUCUUUUCGAAGCAAGCGAGCUAGAAAACCACCCGGAUGUUGAAGACGCCGCACACAGUUUAGAACAACUUUCAUUACAGCCCAGCCACCGAGUGGUGUCUGCCACGAUCUACAAAGCAAUAGUGGGGUUCCACUCGAGAGAGCUAUGUGACAUGUGUCUGGAAAGUUUGCAAGGACAAGAAUAUUCAUUAGGGUAUGUGUUGAACGUGACUGAGCUGCCCGCUUACGAGUGGUGA